AUGCGUCAGCAUACUGAAGCGAACCCUUAUUUUUUCCCAUCUCGGUUGCCAACACCAAGACCACAGCAUGAGCACGGAGGUCAACAAAACCGACCACUUGCUCCACCGCCAUCAUCACCGCACCCACAAACCCAACCGUCAGGGAUCACACCUCCUCUGAGUCAACAACAGACAGAAACAAACUUCCCAUGGGUCUGGCCAUCAACGAAAAGGGGGAAACCUAAGCAUCGUGAUGGACGUAACGAUGACCAGCAGCAACCACUGGGUCCAUGGGAGGCAUUGGCAUCACCACAACUAAGCCAAGAAACGCAAUCAACCCGUUCACGUGGGCAGGAGCCUGUACAACCCCAACAUGCACGGCCUACACAACCACCAAGGCGUCAACAGCGUGGGCGCCAACAUCCUCAACAGGAGCAACCACGUCGAACCAAACAAACUACAUGGUUUCUAGCAGUCAUUUGUGCAUUCUUUUGGCUAGUCUUUAUUCUAGGAGGCCUAAUUGUCCUAAUAGUCUAUCUUGUGCUUCGCCCGCAUAGCCCAAGUUUUGAAGUGUCUAAUGUCAGCUUAAAUGCAGCACAUCUGGACGUGGGCAGUUUGCUCAAUGCUGAUAUCACUGUGCUGGCUAAGUUCAUAAAUACCAACAAGAAAGUAAGGGUGGACUUCAGUUACGUAGUCCUUGAUCUUUACUAUGGAAACACCCUGAUUGCCUCUCAACCUAUCGAACCUUUCACAGCAGCAAGGCUUGAGACGAAGCUUGCCAGUGUUCAUAUGGUAAUCAGUGAGGUUCAGCUUCCCUUGGAUGAAACCCAACGGCUUCAGAAUGAAAUAGAAAGAAAUGAAAUUGCGUUCCAAGUCAAGGGAGUGUUUCGAGCACGAACUAAUUUGGGAAGUUUCCUUCGCUACUCGUAUAAGCUACAUGGAAAUUGCACAAUUGUUGUCACUAAUCCUCCUGGUGGAGUCUUAAAAAGUGUCAAAUGCAAAACUAAACGUUGA